AUGUCUGAAAUUCAGCCUUUACAAGUAAAGAGUGGAAAUACCAACGUAACUCUCUCUUUAAAAGAUGAUAAUUUUUCGAUUGAAUCAUCGACUUCCACUAACGUUAUUAUUCAUGCUCUCAUCGGAGUUAAGAAGUUAUGUUUGAAAAGUUUUGAAUUUGUUCCAGUAGAUAUGGAACUUGCUGCUUCGUGGACAAAAUCGGUUAAAAAUGCCGCAUAUAAAAAUGCGAAGCCCUCGAAGCAUUUAAAAAUAUUUAUUAAUCCUUUUAGCGGCACAUGCAAAGCAAGCAAAGUUUUUGAUAGUGAAGUUAAACCUAUAUUUGACGCUGCUGGUUGCACGUAUGAUAUCACAAUUACUGAGAAAAUAAAUCACGCAAGAGAAAUCAUGCAAACAAUUGACUUGAAACCUUUUGAUGUCAUUGUCGGAAUUAGCGGAGAUGGAAUUAUUCAUGAAAUCAUAAAUGGGCUUUUAGAGCGUGAAAAUAUAAAUGAUGCAACAAUUCCAAUUGGUGUAAUUCCUGCAGGUUCUGGAAAUGCUUUAAACAUUUGUUUACAAGGAGAAGCUGUCUAUAAAAGCCUUCAACAUUCUGCUCUUACCAUAAUUAAGGGUGUGCCUAUGAAAAUUGACAUGUGUUCUAUUACCCAAGGUGAUAAACGCUACUUUUCUUUUAUGUCUCAAACUUUUGGCGUUAUUGCAGAUUGUGACUUGGGAACAGAAAAUCUAAGAUGGAUGGGUAGUAUGCGUUUUAUAUUUGGUGCUCUAAAAGCCAUCUUUGAAGGUCGUCGAUACAGCUGUGAACUUGCCAUGAAAAUUGCAGAAUCUAAUAAAGAAAUUAUUAGAGAUACAUAUAGAAAAGAAUAUAAUUCAAAUAGUCAGAGUGUUCCAAUGUCCCGCGAUAAUAGAUAUGGUACCGUAAACGAUCCAAUUCCAGAUGAUUGGACUAUUAUUACCGAUGAUGUAUCUACAAUUCUUGGUGGUAAAGUUCCAUGGAUAGGUAAAGGCACUAUUCCGUUUCCUUGUGCUUUACCAAACGAUGGACUUAUAGAUUUGUUAGUUGCUCGACGGGAUAAACUGUCAUCAAGAAUUAAAUCAAUCAACUUUAUGACUGAAAUGGAACUUGGAAAUCAUAUUAAGAUGAAAGAAAUUGAUUAUUACAAGGUUGAAGCUUUCAGAUUAACUCCAAAAAACAGUACGGAUGGAUAUAUAAGCAUAGAUGGUGAAAAAGUAGAUUUUGCUCCUUUUCAAGUUGAAGCUCUUCCACAAUUAAUAAAUAUUCUUAGUAUUGAUGGAAAAUAUCAAUAUGUUAAUAUUUAA